AAUUUUAUUAUAAAUAUAAAAAGUACUUCACCUUUAUAAGGAAUUAUGGGACAAGUCUUCUUCAAAUCUAAGAAGGAGAAGCUAGCAACCACGGUGAAGUCACUCUUUGAAAUAUCCGCCAAGGAUAUUGACGGGCAGACUCACCUGCUAGCGGAUCUAGCAGAAGGCCGUAAAUGUACUAUGGUCGUGAAUGUAGCCUCAAAAUGAGGAUUGACCAAGACUCACUACAAACAGAUGGUCAAGAUUCACAAUAAAUACAGGGAUCAUGGAUUUGAGAUCUUUGCUUUCCCUUGCAACCAGUUCAUGAGCCAAGAGCCAGGAACCCACGAACAGAUCAAGAAAUUUGCUCAGGAGAAGUAUGGUGCUGAAUUCCCACUCUUCUCUAAGGUAGACGUCAAUGGCCCUGACACUCAUGAAGUGUUCAAGUUCUGCAGAAGACACUCACCAUUGUAUGAUGCUGAGAAGGAUGUCGUGCAGAACAUCCCUUGGAACUUCGCUAAGUUUUUGAUUGAUGAAAAGGGACAAGUUGUUGAGUAUUACACUCCCAAGCAGAACCCAGAUCUCUGCGUGCCAAAGAUCGAAGAGAUGCUUGGAUUGUAACUCAGCAGAUAAAAUUUUAGAAAUGGCUCGAGCUCAACUAUGCUUAUUGCCUUAGGUGAUACCUCAUUUUGCUAUAAAAACUUCAGGCGGUGAGGUUGAAAAUAGGUGACGACAUCUUUCGAGAUCGCCAUUUUAUGUUAAAAUUUUAUUAAUAUGGAAAUCUUACGAAAAUGAUUUACCCACGGAUAUUCUUUGG